AUGCCGUCUGUUGCGCAAUGGCGGGGGACACCCUCAGUCAAGGGCCCAACUGAGGGUAUACGCAUGGCACUGCUAACUGCGUCACUCAUUGGACUUCAGUUCACGUGGAACGUAGAAAUGACAUACUGCACGCCCUACCUCCUCGAGCUCGGCCUCACAAAGUCCAAAAUCUCCCUCGUAUGGGUCGCCGGUCCACUGUCGGGUCUCAUCAUGCAGCCCGUUGUGGGCGUCGUCGCCGACCGAUCUACCUCGCGCUGGGGCCGGCGGCGCCCGUACAUGUUUUUCGGAACGAUACUGGUAUCCAUGUUUUUGCUGCUGCUGGGCUGGACAAAAGAAGUCGUGCGGUACUUUAUCAAGGACGAGGCGGCGGCAAAGAGCGCAAACGUAUACGUGGCUGUGUUUAGCAUUUACGGAAUUGACUUUGCCAUCAAUGCGGUGCAGGGGAGCUGUAGAGGCUUGAUUGUGGAUACGCUGCCAAUUGAAAAACAGCAGAUGGGGAGUAGCUGGGCGAGCAGGAUGGUGGCAGUAGGCAAGAUGGUGGGAUAUGCGGCUGGAGCUGCGGAUCUCAGGGCAAUUUUCGGUCCCAUGCUAGGUGAUACGCAGUUCAAGCAGCUGACGGGUGUUGCGGCGCUGACUUUGUGUAUUACUGUUGCUACGACAAGCUGGGCAGUCACGGAGAGAGUGUUGGUGAACGAUGGUAUGGCAAAGGCUUUGGAUAUCAAGCAGGUGGUUGGAACAAUUGCGCAUACUGCGCUCAAUUUACCAAGAAGUAUACAAGCCAUCUGUACAGUACAGUUUUGGGCUUGGAUCGGCUGGUUUCCUUUUCUCUUCUAUAGCACCACAUGGGUCGGCGAAGUCUACCUACGGUACGAUGCGCCGCCAGAAAUUAAAGCAGCCGGCGACAUGACGGGCAAAGUCGGGAGAAUCGGCUCGACGGCUCUUGUUUCCUUCUCAAUCGUGACAUUCAUAACGUCUGUCCUGCUGCCCUUCUUCGUCGAGAACCCCGAGCAUAGCGAAAAGGGCCCCGGCUUCUCACCCUCGUCCAAACGCAAGUUUGACGCGGGACCCUGGGAAAAACGCAAGCCAAGUCUGCUAACGGCAUGGGUCGUUGCACACUGCAUCUUUGCGUGCAGUAUGAGUAUGGCGCCUUUUGUGACUUCCAUAAAACACGCGACUAUCAUCAUUACUCUCUGUGGCGUGUCAUGGGCAGUUGCUUCAUGGGCGCCAUGGGCAUUGAUGGGCGUAGAAAUCAACCGCCUAAACAUGGCUACGGCGCACUCGACACAUUCGAAGCGGGCCUCGAUUGACCUCUCCGAGGCGCAGGAUAAGCUGGAAAAGGCGGACGGAGCAGGUGCUGGAUCGGGUAGAGGAGGAGCAAGCUCAGGGCAGUAUCUGGGCAUCAUGAACCUGUACACGACACUGCCGCAAUUCAUGGGCACCGCCAUUUCUUGGGUCGUCUUCUCCAUCCUGGAACCGGGCAAGAGUCCCGAGCUGAGCGAGGCGCCGCCAGAGGAGCAUCACAGCACGGAUGGACCCAACGGUAUUGCUGUCUGUUUGUUCAUUGGAGCGUGUUCGGCAUGUCUCGCGGUAGUGGCCACUUUCAGAUUGGGCAGGAUCCAGGGAAAGAUGUAG